CGAGAGGCCGGCGGGCGGGCGCUUGCUCCUCCCCCUCCCGGGCCGCCGCGCCCGCUGCCGCCUCCCUCCCUUCCGCUGCGAGGCGGCGGGAGCCGAGCCCGAGCGGACCGAGCCGUGGCCGCAGCCGGGCGGCGGGCGCAGAGGAGGCGGUGGCGGCGGCGGGGCGGGCCGCGGGCGGUCAGUCAGGCGGCGGCGGCGGCGAUGCCGGGACCCCGCUGAGCCCGCCCGCUCCUGGCGCCGGGAGCCCGCCGCGCGAGGCUUCCCGAGGCGGGCGGCAGCAUGCGGAGCGGCGAGGAGCUGGACGGCUUCGAGGGCGAGGCCUCGAGCACCUCCAUGAUCUCGGGCGCCAGCAGCCCGUACCAGCCCACCACGGAGCCGGUGAGCCAGCGCCGCGGGCUGGCCGGCCUGCGCUGCGACCCCGACUACCUGCGCAGCGCGCUCGGCCGCCUCAAGGUCGCUCAAGUGAUUCUGGCCCUGAUUGCGUUCAUCUGCAUAGAGACCAUCAUGGAGUGCUCCCCAUGUGAAGGCCUCUACUUUUUUGAGUUUGUGAGCUGUAGUGCAUUUGUGGUGACUGGAGUUUUGCUGAUUAUGUUCAGUCUCAACCUUCAUAUGAGGAUCCCCCAGAUCAACUGGAACCUGACAGAUUUGGUCAACACUGGACUCAGCACUUUCUUUUUCUUUAUUGCAUCGAUUGUACUGGCUGCUUUAAACCACAAAACCGGUGCAGAAAUCGCUGCUGUGAUAUUUGGCUUCUUGGCAACUGCAGUGUACGCGGUGAACACAUUCUUGGCAGUACAGAAAUGGAGGGUCAGCAUCCGCCAACAGAGUACCAACGACUACAUCCGAGCCCGCACCGAGUCCAGAGACGUGGAUGGUCGUCCCGAGAUCCAGCGCCUGGACACGUGAGGACCUGCCAGGGUCCUUUCCCUUCCUGUCCUCGUGCCCAUCCUCUCAAUCAAGUUUUCUUUCCCGCGUCGUGUCAGAUUUUCACGUGAUUAAGUUGAAUUUUGUCUUCUUUGGUAAAAGUUCAUUUGGGGAAAGGGUUUUCAGAGCAGCCCUGUCAGUGGGAAUGUGGGUGGAGGCAACCCCCAUACCCAGCAGUUCAGACAGCGGUGUGCUGGAGAGGCCCACGGAUUCUCCAGGCUUUGGCGGCCGUGAAGCAGCGGCCUCACUGGCUGACCAUGUCCACUUUAGAUCUUAACUGUUCCCAAGUACAGGCUUCACAUCUGACUCUGAACCACCCUGUUAUGUCAAGACUUUGGAUUGAGUGGGGCUGCUAAGAGGGAAACAAUCAAGGAAGGAAGGUACAGGGUUGGGACGGUCAACCCACGGUGAUCUUGGGCAGCCUCCGGGGAUCCCACACUGCUGGGGCGCCCGUUGGGUCAGUGUUGAGUGUGGCUGCCAGGAUCCUCACCUACUGCUCAUCUUCCAUGUCUGGGGCAUCGAGACAGCCAGCAAGCCCAAAAGGCCACGUUUGAUACUGAGGGUCUUGGCAGAUGUACUGGUUGACCUCUUUGCUGGGUCUGGACCUUAGAGGGGUGGGAAAAGCUGGUGUCCUCUUGGAGCAGCUCCAUGGGCCUGCUGAUGCUUAGAAGUCACUUGAUUCUUCCUCAAAUGAAUCCCUUCCCAGAUUCUUCUCCAGGAAUAUGGGAACUGUCUUGUUUUCCAGUUCCCUACCUACCCUAAAUACUUGGAGGCCGAAUUGCAGAUUUUCUGUAAUUUUACCUUCUCAGGUAAAAGCCAUGAAGGAAAUACAGUCCAUUCUACCAGCCAAAGCACUAGCCCAUUUGCUGGCUUCAUGGACCACAGGUAGGGGGUAUGUGUUUGUAUAUGUGUUAAAAUAGGGAUAUACACCUGUAGACACACACACCCCUCCAUUUUAUGGAUGUGUGCUAAUUUUCAGAUGCUUGAGGAGAGCUGUAAAGUGUUUCUGAAUACAGUUGUCUAGGAUUUGAAAAUGCUUGAAUUUGCACCAUGACACAUCCUUUCACUGAUGCUUCAGAAGGCACUGAUUGUAGGUUUUGGUGCCUCGGGGUCAUAAGUAUGAACAUCAGUCUUGGAAAUUGUUGGGGAAAAUUCUAGUUACUUAAGGUUUUUUAUUAGAUUCUUGAUAAAGUAAAGAUUAUUGUUUGUGCUGAAUGAAUUAAACAAGCCCCUGUUGAUGCUUUAGUUUUUUGUUUUGUUUUUUUUUUCCCUUUUCUUUUUCUCCUAUUGGAUUUUAAGUGUAUCUUUUAUGGAAAAAUAGUUUUAAUUUGCCAGGUUUUUACUCUUUGAACUGUUUUUAAUGUUUACAAACCUCCUGCUAGCUCUAAUAUUUUGUAUUUAGCCCUUGCCGAGGAAAAAACACUGUUGGCUGGAAAAUUUUGCAGUAAUAUGGAGAAUCCCCAGGGUCUUGUACUAAGGACCGUUUACAGCUUUAGCAGUGUACUGUGUGAUAACUGAGAGAGAGAGGGAGAGAAAGAGAGAGAAUAUGUGAUCGGGGUGGGAGGAGGAGAGCUUGUGUGAGAAAGUGUCCAUCUCUGUACAUGCACCAUUGUAUUCAUCAUAAAACAGCAGUGUCUUGAUUCCAUGUUGCUAGAGGAUUGAUCGGGUCAUGUUGCUAAGCUGAGGAUUCUGCAGGAAAUGGUACUGUGCUGUCUCUGAAGGGUCGGGUUAGGGGUUAUUUCCUUGAACUGAACGUCCAGUACAGUCUGAGUUCUGCUGCAGUCCUUUCCGGGGCCAGGGGCUGUUGGUACGGACCCAGCUAGUCUGGUGGCAACUCAGCUCCCCACAGAGGGCACCUUGGCCUGGUUGCAGCCGGGCGUGCUGCCCCGCAGGUCUGAUAGCACCCUCUUCCCACUUACAUUGGGAGUCUACAACUCAUGCUUCACAAACUUUGAACCUAUUAUACUUAGAGAUUUGGGGGACGAUUAUGACAUCUGGAUUUUUUCUGUUCAUGUUGUGUAUUUAUUUUGCAUUUGUUGAGUGUGUUGCAUAGUCAAAAUUGGGCUUAUCGCCCUCUGUGAGAGUUCUGUAUAUAAACAGGGCUGCCAAGACUCAGCCAUUCAUUAAAUGGGACCCACUUGGAAGGACCACCCUGAACUUUAUCAGAAAUCUUCCUCUGGGAGUCGUGUUACUUGACCUCAGUAACAGCCUGCCUUUGAAGUGAGAUUGAAAAAAAGACCAUUCAGGCGGGAUUGUUGCCCAAGUUUUCCCAAGUCGUUUCAAUAAAAUUGGUUUAUCACCUGGUAAAAAGACAAUUGAUUGGCCUCCAGAGGAUGUGUUGUCGCUGCAAGAAACAGUUCUGAAGCCCAUCACAAUUGUCAGUACUGACAGAUGAUAAACAGUAGGUCUUGUGCCACCAAGGGACAUGGGAGUUAGUUUGUAUCCUAGCAUUAGAAUCUUUGGAAUUAUUUAUGUCCCUGUAAUUAUUUAAUAUCCUUUGUGUCAUGGGGCUCCCCAUGGUUUUUGUAGAUGUAUUUCCUUAUAUUUAAUUAGCUCCCACUAGAACCACAGGAGGCUGUGUACACUUUCUAACUGGUGCCGCACACAGGCACACAUUCCAUCGCAACCAGCCAGUGUGCUGAGGAGGCUUCUGGAGGGAAUGUCACAUGACUGUCCAUGGUGAAUGGAGAGAAUCCUCUGCUUUCCUUAGUUGCUACCCUACAUGUACAAACAGAAGACAAUCUAGAUUUGGGGGACUUAAAAUGACCUCUUUGCAAAUUGGAGAAAGCAUAUUUUCACAUUUAAUGUUUCCAAAAGUUUGGGGCAUUUUAAGGUUGAGGUAACCUUAGUUUUUCUAACUUUUCUGAUGGGACAAUACUGGCUUUCACAGUUCAAGCCAAACUUGAAGAGAACUGCAGUUGCUACAUGAAUUUGAAUUUGUUCCUGGAGACUGUACAGCUGAAACCCUCAAGAAUUUGGUGGAACCUCUGGUGGUUUUAGAUGGAUGCAAACACUGACGUCUUCAGAGAAAGUUUUUCUUGGCACUGAUUUGGUCUAUUUGGUGAUUCUCCUUUACCCUCCCUUCACGCUGCUGACAACACAGAGGGAAAUACUUUUUCCCUUUUAUUCAGAGAGAUUACAAUCAUUAAAGCCUAAAGACACUUCUUGGUCCCAUAUAAACCUAGGAAAGGGCAAGGGCUGUUACAGAUUAAAAUCAUGUAAGAGAGAUUUGAUUUAAAGUAAAGAAAAAUAGAUUUUUUCCCAGUGUAGCAACAGCCAUCCAAAGUAGAUUCCCUUUGCCUACAAAACAGCAUGCUCAGUCCCAAUCCCCAUGUCUUCCUUGGCUGCUUGAGCUAAAGUGUGCAGGCUGGGCAAGGCUCAGCCCAGGCUGCAGGGAAGCCUGUGAGGACCCCGGCCCAGUCUGAGGAGCUUGGCCCUGGGAGGCUGACGUCACCUGCCCUUGGGGCACUGUUCUCCCCAUCCCACCAGGAAGGUGCCCAAAUGCCGACCUAGGUACCUACUAGGCAUGGGGUGCCUUGACCUCAACCCUGUUUGGGAUGCUUCUGGCAAGAGUCUUGUGAUUCAGUUGAAAACAUUCCUACUCUUUAAAGUUUGCAGUUUUACCUGCCUUUCUUCUAGGCUUUCUCCGUGAUUCAGUCUCAGGUGAAACCACAGGCCGUCUCUGAUGUCCACACUCAUAUGUGAGUUCUUGCCUGCAGAGCCUAGGGUGUCAGGUGUCAUGUCCCAGGUGUGGCCCAGGCUCAUCUCUUCUCGUAGACUUGCAUGUGCUGCUUGGGAAAAAAUCCUUCAGCUUUCCCUGUGUUCUAAGAAGCAGGCCACGGUCUAAUCCCUGUCAGUGUGAGCUUUUCUAUGCAAGUGGCAGGAACUGUCCUAACAGCAGAAUAGAGCACAGAGACAGCAUGUGGCCAAUUUAGUGAUUCUGGAAGGAAUAGAUGGUCUAAGUGUUCACAGCAAAGCAACCAGGAAACCAGUGUGGCUACUGCUAGAUUGUCCUCUUCUCUAUAUCUUAUCACCAGGAAAUGACAGGUAGCAAAAGGAGAAGACCCCUUCUGGGCCAAGGACUGCUGUCAAUUCUCUUGAGCAGAUCGAAAAGUUGCUCUGGUUCCAGGGACUCCAUUAGCUUUUUGAGGCCUCCAGAUUUUCUUUUAGCUCCUAGUGAAGUUGCUGUAUCCAGGGUUUCUCUUCCCCAGAGCCUUUGUAUUUUAUCAGCACCCACUUCCAAGACCAGUCAGGUGACAGGCCUGUGGGACAACCUGCUGCAUCGGGGCAGGGGCAGGUGAGGGAGGUGAGAGAUGAAGGAGGCCCCGGCACACCAGGCUCUCCUUGCUGCCAGUCUGUUUAUAACACUAGACAUAUUUACAAAUCCAGGCCAUCUCGAAAUAAUGUGCUUGGUUAACUGUCUUCGUAGCUGUCCUUUGAGAAGUGAGGUCUUGUGUUCUGAAAUCAGCUCAAGUGAUGGGGGCCAGUAUUCCUUGGUGCUAUGGGUGGGCUCUUGGUGUCUAGUUGGGAACUCAUGGGUCUGCACAGGCAACUCAGAAUGUGUUUUGGGUGCCACCUUUGACACUUAGGACACAGACCCAGCACCGCCUCCCUUUAGCUUCAUAGACUUCCCUGCCUCUUUAUAAAAUCUAUUUAUUCUCAGCAGAUGUCAUUAAAAUCAUCUGAGCUGUCUGGUAGAGAAGGUAAUUUGAAAUAUUUGACCUUUUACAUUUCUUUUAUUUAGAAACUGUCUCUGCAAGAAAUUAUCUGUUAGAUCUAGUAGAUUUUUCUUCUGAAAGUGAAUAUUCUGUUAGACUUUCUUCAUUCCAAUAAAAUGUGCUUCAUUUGUACACUCCUUAGGCUUGAGGCAGAGAAGUGGGUCUUGAUAUAUUUAUCCGUUCUUUUGUCUGGAAUGUAAUCUUUUUUCAUUUGGAUACAGUUUCUCAACCUUUGAGAUUCUUUUUCCUCUGUAGUUUUCUUAUUCUAUAAACCUAACAAUGAAGAAAAAAAAUGGCAACUUGCCUAGAAUUAAGUUUAGAUUAUGGGCCCUUGAAUAGCAUAUCUAUUUCAUAGGGUUAGUCUGUCUACAUGUUUUUGCUAAGACUUUAUUUGGGUGACUUGCCACCCAGGCACACUGAGAUGGUCUCUUUUCUUUGGGGUGCGUAAUACACAAAGGCCAGAGAGCCUUAGGUUGAGGGGUCAGUGCCGCUUGGGCUCUGGUGAGCUGUCUGAACUUUUGUGGUUCUUAUUUACAAGUAAGAACUUGUCUCAAGCUACCUUCAUCAGCUUUCUGGAUGGGAUUUAGGGCAACGCCCAAAGUUUCUUCUCAGAGGAGAGAAGAUGUCUUACAAGGUUCUGGUAAUGGUUUCUAUGGGAUUCAGUAAUAGUCUGAAAAUAUUACAUCUGAGUCAUCUUUGGUGACACUGCUCUCCCUAGUAGGAACUGCUGCCUUUUAAUAGGAAAGCAACCCAAAGGAAUGGUCAGGAAAAUGAGAAUAUAGGGGGUGACCUGAUGCCUGCCCUAGGUGGGGCCAAGCCUAACAGGGGCUUCCCUCUGAGGUGGUUUUGCCUUCCUGCCUUUCCAGAAUGAUUUUGGAAGUUUCUGAGCUCUGUCCCCCUCUCUGCAGAAGCGAGGAAGGCAAGCCAUCAGGGCUCGAAGGGAGGCCUGGCGGGUCCCAGGCCACGGGGGCAACAGGUUCCUGGGGGGAGAGAGGGCAGGGGCCACCCCACACGGCUCAGGCCCACCACCUCUUCCUGUUUUAAAAAUGAGUUUUCAAAUCCUGCCCCACAGUAAAAUUGAUAUAUUUGGAUAAAAUCAGUGUUUUUCAUAACUUGAUUUUGUUCAGUGUGGUUCCCUUUAAGAGAAUGCUAGAGAUUGAAACUAUUUGUAUUUGUAUAUGUUGAAAUUUGUAGGGGCUCAGGAACCCAUGGCAAAACAGUAAACUAUUUAUUAUAGGUAUGACUGUAUUUUUUUUUCCCAGAGUAGAUAGUUCUAUCUUUGUAUAUUUUAAGACAAAUAAUAAUCACUUCACCUUUGGUGCCUUCCGUGUGUCACACAAGCACUCUUGUCAAUCAUGGAAUUGAAAAAAAGAUGUACAUUUAGUUAAGCCAGAUAACACUAUUUUUGUAGCAUGAUUUUAGAUUGUGUCCUUUUGAUAUUGCUUUUGGCAAUGCUAGUUUUGAGGUUUGGCCAUUUCCUCUUUCACUUCAUAUGUAUUUUUAAAAAAAACAAAACAAAACUGGCUUUCCCUGUCUCUUCUAUGCUACUUGCUGCCUAACAUCUUCUUUCUGCUUAUUUAAAUAGUCUGAGAGUGAGUGUAUAUUUCUGUGAAAUAAUGAUUACUCAGUAUAAUUGCAUUUGGCAUUCUGAACCCUUUGCUGUGUUUGAGAGGCAUGGCACACCUCACACAGCAAGAGGAAAGUUGCUCCAUUCUUAAAAAGAGAAGAUCAUCAGUGCUCUGUCUUCCCUUCUUUGGUUGAAACUGGUGGCAGGCCCAUGCCUGGCUCCUGCCCCGCUGUGGGGGGCUGGCAAGCAGCGGGGUCUGCUCUGGCCUGCCGUUGCCCCGGGCCGCUCAGGCCUGCCUCCCCCUGCCGAGCCAGCCAGGCCGUCAGGCAAUCCUUCCACCCAGAUUCCACACGGGUUCGUGGGUGCUCUGGGUCAGUUCAGUGGCCCUUUCCAGGUUUUUGGCCUAAACAAAUCGGAUUGUUUGCCAUGAGAAGCUUGAUGGUAUCAAGACACAGGUAAUGCUCUCUGGCUGCUCUUCCUGCUCUCCCAUCUGCAGGACUGGCAGGUCAGGAAAAGUCAAGUGAACUAGCUGAGCCAUUGCAAAAUGAAGGUAUCGAGUUACUGAAACAAAAUGGUAGUAUUUUUCAUCCUCUUGAAGGGUCAGAAUAUGUAGUUAUUUUAUAAACUAACAAAGGAAAUCAAGUCAGGUGGCAAAGUCAUAGUCUUUCCAGUGAUUACGCAUGGAUACUUCCUGAGUGGCACUUUGGGGGCAGUGUUAAGUCAGCUUCUUUUUAUCGGUUUAGACACAGCCGCAGGGCAUUCUGAGAUACCAAAUGGGUGCUGUGCUUGCUGAGAGCCCCCACCCCGUCUCCUCAAACUGAUGGAUCCCCUGCAAGGGGCCACCGAGCUCCGACUGCUUCUCGGGUCUGACUCUGCCCACCUGGAGUGGUUUUGGGGGCCCCAAGUGCUUGACUCCUUUUUAUUUAUCCCUGACAGCAAAGUCUCACAUUGCCCUUCACUUUCUUUUGAAGGACCAAUUUUUCAUGGUACUUGUCCUGAUUGUUUUCAUAGUGUGCAAAUCUGUAUUUUUGUAUGUAGAGGGAAAUAAUUUUCUCAACACUGAUCGCUAAUAUUGUAUUAAAUUGUCAUGAAGGAGUUCUUGUUUAAUAAAUGGACAUGUAAAAAUGUUA